GACCCCCUUUAAAUCCUCCCUUAUUUUUGCGUAAACUCAAAUCCAUCCAUCUCUAGGUUUCUCUCUCUCUCUCUCUCUCUCUCUCUCUCUCUCUCUCUCUCUCAUGAGAUCUUGAAGAAGAAGAUGAAGUUUGGAGAGACGUUUGCUGAGUAUCUCCAUGGCGAGCAGGAGUCGUCCCUUCAGAAGUGCUCUCACGUCGAGUACAAGAGGCUGAAGAAAGUCCUCAAAAGCUGCCGCCUUUGCCGGUCGAUCGAGAUCGAGGCCGACGGCGUGGAUCUUCAUGCUGAUCUUGAUGAUGGGGACAUCGGCGAAGAGAAUGAAGCGCUCUCUAAGUUCUGCAGCUGCGAUCGCUGUCCGUCAUGUGAUGAGAAGUUCUUUGCUGAAUUGACAAAAGAGGCUUCGGAGAUAGCAGGAUGUUUCCGCUCAAGAGUAAGACGACUCCUCCAUCUGCAUGUUUCUUCAGGAGGUCUGCAAGGAUAUAUGUGGAGGCUGCGCCAUUGUUUCAUGGAUAAUCAACAAAUCUUGAUUCAAGAGGGAAGAAUGUUAUUUGAUUAUGUUACAAUGAAUGCUAUUGCGAUCCGAAAGAUACUUAAGAAGUAUGAUAAGGUUCAUGGGUCUAUCAAUGGAAGAAAGUUUAAGACCAAAAUGAGCACAAAGCACAUUGAAUUGUUGCAGUCACCUUGGUUAAUAGAGCUAGGUGCAUUUUAUGUGAACUUCACUGGGUCAGACAUGGGAGAACCUGGUGAGUUUUUCAGGAGGUUCUCUUGUGAUUUAAGUGGUUCUCGGCCUGUAAUGACUAUGACUUUUUCUGAAUCCAUCAAGUACGAAUACAGCCUUACAUGUGCUGUUUGUCUGGAUACUCUAUUUAAUCCAUAUGCUUUGAGCUGUGGGCAUCUAUUCUGUAAGAGUUGUGCUUGUUCUGCUGCUUCUGUACUGCUUUUCCAAGGCCUCAAGACAGCACCAAGAGAAGCAAAAUGCCCUGUGUGCAGAUCGGUUGGCGUAUUUGGCAAAGCAGUACAUAUGCAAGAACUAGACCUCCUACUGAAGAACAGAUGCAAAGACUAUUGGAAAGAGAGGCUGCGUGAGGAGCGUGCUGAGAUGGUGAAGCAAACUAAAGACUACUGGGAGUCUCAGAAAAUGACAGCUUUGGGGUUUUGACUUUUGCGAUUUAUCUUGAGCGAUAACUACUUUUUUGUCAGCAUAAUUGUGUGCCUUAUUUGGAUUAUAGUAUUCACUGCACGUGCAAUCUGUAAUCCAGUCUCGUUCUGGUUACUUGUCAAUAA